CGCACCUCCCUGCCGCCGCCGGGGAGAGCUUUCCACGUCAGCUUACGUCUCCCCAUCUCUUACUUCACGGAUCUGCUUCAAAGAGGCAGCUGCGUUAGAGAAUCAUGUUAAGCUCAGCUAAUGCGGAGAAGCCGAGGUAGCCCUAAUGAUGGAUUUUGAUGAGCGUGUUCCUUGUUCCUCUAACAUGUAUUUGCCAAGUUGUACUUACUACGUCUCGGGUCCUGAUUUUUCCAGCCUCCCUUCUUUUUUGCCCCAGACCCCGUCUUCUCGCCCUAUGACAUACUCCUACUCCUCCAACCUACCCCAGGUCCAACCUGUGAGAGAAGUUACCUUCAGGGAAUAUGCCAUUGAUCCCUCCAGUAAAUGGCACCCCAGGAACAAUCUGCCCCACUGCUACUCCGCAGAGGAGAUCAUGCACAGAGACUGUUUGCCUGCCACCAACACUGCUAGCAUGGGCGAGAUGUUCGGCAAAAACACAGCUAACGUCUACCACCCCAGCACCAACGUCUCCUCCAAUUUCUAUAGCACGGUGGGCAGGAACGGGGUCCUACCCCAGGCUUUCGACCAGUUUUUCGAGACGGCUUAUGGCACGGCGGAAAACCUGGCCUCGGCGGACUACCCGGUAGACAAGAGUGGCGAGAAGGCGCCCGCGGCCGCCGGGGCGGCGGCGGCAACUUCAAGUUCGGAGGGCGGCUGCGGCAGGGCGGCGGCGGCGGCGGCGGCGGAGAAGGAGAGGCGGAGGCGGCCGGAGAGCAGCAGCAGCCCCGAGUCAUCUUCCGGCAACAAUGAGGAGAAAUCCGGCAGCUCCAGUGGACAACGUACCCGUAAAAAGAGAUGCCCAUACACCAAAUAUCAGAUUAGAGAGUUAGAAAGAGAAUUCUUCUUCAGUGUCUACAUAAACAAAGAGAAACGCCUCCAGCUCUCCCGAAUGCUCAAUCUGACCGACCGCCAAGUGAAAAUAUGGUUUCAGAACAGAAGAAUGAAAGAAAAAAAAAUUAACAGGGACCGAUUACAAUAUUACUCAGCUAAUCCACUACUUUAAAACUCAUAGCGUUUUUCAAGACGAGAUUAAAUUCAGAUUUCGCCCUUGACAAGGUCAAGCCACGGGGUUACAUGGAGGAAGGAGGUGUGUAUCUGACGGGACUAGAAGAAUCCAAGGUUUUACAUACAUGUAAAUCUACUCUGGAACUUCCAUGAUGAUUUUAUAUAUAUAUAUAUAUAUUUACAUAUCAACUGGAAUCGAUUUGAUUUUGACACACAUGGCAUCCAUUUCUAAACGUGCACGUCAGCUCUGAGUGCAAAAUCCAUACCUCUUACCUUUCCAGGCACUGCGGCUCACCCUGCUACCGCUUUCGGCAGGCACAGGCGGGGACGGCACCUCUCCGUUCCCGGACUCGCCCACCCCCGGCCCUCCCUCGCCCCUGUGCUGCUGCGGAGCAGCUGUCUGGAGAUUGCCAGGUCGAGCUCACCCAACCAGGACCACUGCAGAAUAUAAACUCUGAGAGAUAAUCUUUUGUCCUUCCUUAGCGGAAAAUGUCUAGGUUAGAGGCAGUGCUCCAUUGCCUAUGGCUUCGAAAGGAGAAUUUAAUGCGGGGGGACACACAGAAUUAAAGGGAGGGGGGAUGACAUGGCUACACCUUCACGAGGCCAACCGCGAGCAGUUGUAAUAAGGAUGUA